UUGGAGAAAAAAACAAACUCCAUUUCUAAAUCAAAACUUAAAAAACCAAAUAAAACAAAAGAAAUUACUAUCCUCCCAUUCGGGCCUUGGAACAAGGGAAACAUCCUCGCCAUGUCCGUAGACUUUAAGUGUACGAGGUAAAAACCUUGAACAGGAUGCACAACAUAAGAAACCCUUAUUCUAUUUCCUCCAGCUGACCUUUUAAUAUAGGCCACUUUUACCUUUGUAAUGUAACCUGUCUUUAAAGACAAGGUUACCUAAAACCUCCACUGUAGUCUGCUUUACGGGCUAGACUACUCUAACGUCCCCUGAUAUUAAAUAGUAGCCUGUCUUUAAAGACAAGGUCUACUUUAAUACCUCCACUGUAACCUGCCUUUAAAGGCUAGGUUACUCUUAACGUCCCCUUUUUAAUAAAUACAACUUGUCUUUAAAGACAAGGUUGUUUUAAACUACCCCGCGUAGCCUGCUUUUAUAGCUAGGUCUACGCUAACGUCCCCAAUAUAAAACCCCCUUUGUCCUCCCCAACCUACCCAUGCAGAGUAGGUUGUACACCUAGGCGGGACAUCCACAACACGUCUGCCAUGUGGGUUACCCCUUAUCCUCCACUUCCCUCGUAUUCAUUCCUCCGCCUGUUACCUCAUUGUGUCCGUUGUGUCGAUAAGGGAGCCAUGUGGUGAGAUUGUUUUAACUGAAAUGACUUGAAUGACUCGGAGGGAUUGUUCGAUUUUGCGGACAUCAAUGUUUGUUGUUUGUCACCAUGACUGCCGCUAGCCUGCCAUAAACUGAUGCAAAGAAGGUAGAAGAUUUAACAAAAGAGAGGCAUAUCCAGCCCGGCCGGCUGCCAUUGGGGCGCCCUUUAAUUCAAUGGAGCCGCCAGCAGCUGGUUGCGUGGUCCACGUAGAAGCAUGUUUAAAGCACACUUUUUUGGUGGUUUUGUUAGUUUGAUCUUUUUUUGUUAUUUGAUGUUUGUGUGUGUAGGCGUUGGGCGUCGCGGCAGCCUGGUGCUUGGAGGGUUGUUUGUCGAUGUUUGUGGAGGCCAGGCAGCCCUUCUUUCGUCAAGCAGUGACUUGAGCUACCUGGCCUCCAUUGAAAGAUAUGUGGGAAGGCCAGGCAGCCCUUAUAUCGUCAAGCAGUGACUUGGG